AUGGCCGCAUAUCAACCACAUUAUGCUAAUUUAAAUCAUGUCAGAUCAAUUCGAUCAGUGCGACGCACUGCAUCAAGACCUUCUUCAAAUCGGAUUUUGAUUGCUAAAAUACUUCUAGGUACUAUGGCAGCAUUUAUGUUAUGUAGUGCAGUUGUAGCUAUUGCACUUGUUUGUUAUGUUGCUGUAAGAGAUGCACAAACGACGACGACUUCUACAACAACUAUCAGUGCUGUUGGUAUUUAUGCAUUGAAUAUUCCAACAUGUGCUACAUGGCAAGAGAAUGGAACUACUACUAGUGGUAAUCAAAAUGGAUCUAUAGGUUAUGAUUUAAGUUCGCUCAGCGGUCCAGUUAGUAUUUUUAUUGAUAAUGAUGAUGUUUUGUAUGUUUGUGAUCGGGAUAACUCUCGAAUUCUGAAAUUAUAUUCUAAUUCAACCACUGGAGUCAUGGUCGCGGGCAAUGGAACUGUUGGGAAUGAAACAAACCAGUUGAGUGGACCCAAAGGUGUUGCUGUCGAUCAAUAUGGUAAUAUUAUUGUAGCUGACAGUAACAAUUAUCGCAUUCAGAAAUUUCUGCCGAAUUCUACAAUAGGAAUUACAUUAGCUUCUAACACUUCAUAUAGUCCUCUUGGUCAAAUGCGUGAUUUACACAUUGAUGUCAAUAAUAAUAUCUAUGUAACAGAUUCUGAUAAUAAUCAAGUCGUUAAAUAUAUUCCUUACUCAUCCAUUGGUAUAGUUUUAGCAGGUGGAGGGCCAUCGGGAUCAGGACUUGAUCAAUUGUUUAGUCCAUUUGGCAAUUUUAUGGAUGCAAAUAAUUCAUUAUAUGUAGCCGACAGUGGAAAUCAUCGUGUUCUAAAAUAUCUUCCUGGGUCAUUAAAUGGAACUAUUGUUGCUGGCAAUGGUACUGCUGGUUCUAGCUUAUAUCAGUUGAAUUUUCCCAGAUCGAUCAUUGUUGAUAAUAACGGGUACAUCUAUGUGGCUGACGGUUCAAAUAACAGAGUCGUAAAAUGGACAACAAAUUAUGCAGCUGGUGGUGUCUGUAUUAUGGGUUGUACAGGUACAACAGGAACAGCUGCUAAUCAAAUGCGUGGUCCAAGAGAUUUAAAAUUUGAUAGACAUGGAAAUAUAUUUGUUACUGAUCAAUCAAAUCAACGAAUUCAGAAAUAUACGAUACAAUUACCAACAUCCCCUUGUCCUUCUAGUAAACGUACUGCAUCAAGACCUUCUUCAAAUCGGAUUUUGAUUGCUAAAAUACUUCUAGGUACUAUGGCAGCAUUUAUGUUAUGUAGUGCAGUUGUAGCUAUUGUACUUGUUUGUUAUGUUGCUGUAAGAGAUGCACAAACGACGACGACUUCUACAACAACUAUCAGUGCUGUUGGUAUUUAUGCAUUGAAUAUUCCAACAUGUGCUACAUGGAAUGAGAAUGGAACUACAGUUAGUGGUAACCAAAAUGGAUCUAUAGGCUAUGAUUUGGGUUCGCUCAAUUAUCCAGUUAGUAUUUUUAUUGAUAAUGAUGAUAUUCUAUAUGUUUGUGAUCGGGAUAACUCUCGAAUUCUGAAAUUAUAUCCUAAUUCAAGCACUGCAGUCAUUGUCGCGGGCAAUGGAACGGCCGGCAAUGAAUCGAAUCAACUGAGAGGACCCAAAGGUGUUGCUGUCGAUCAAUAUGGUGCUAUCAUUGUAGCUGACAGUGACAACUAUCGCAUUCAGAAAUUUCUGCCGAAUUCUACAAUAGGAAUUACAUUAGCUUCUAACACUUCAUAUAAUCCUCUUGGUCAAAUGCGUGAUUUACACAUUGAUGUCAAUAAUAAUAUCUAUGUAACAGAUUCUGAUAAUAAUCAAGUCGUUAAAUAUAUUCCUUACUCAUCCAUUGGUAUAGUUUUAGCGGGUGGAGGGCCAUCGGGUGCAGGACUUAAUCAACUGUUUAGUCCAUUUGGCAAUUUUAUGGAUGCAAAUAAUUCAUUAUAUGUAGCCGACAGUGGAAAUCAUCGUGUUCUAAAAUAUCUUCCUGGGUCACUAAAUGGAACCAUUGUUGCUGGUAAUGGUACUGCCGGUGCUAGCUUAUAUCAAUUGUACCUUCCCAGAUCAGUCAUUGUCGAUAAUAACGGAGUCGUAAAAUGGACAACAAAUUAUGCAGCUGGUGGUGUCUGUAUUAUGGGUUGUACAGGUACAACAGGAACAGCUGCUAAUCAAAUGCGCGGUCCAAGAGAUUUAAAAUUUGAUAGACAUGGAAAUAUAUAUGUUACUGAUCAAUCAAAUCAACGAAUUCAAAAGUAUAUGAUACAAUUACCAACAUCUCCUUGUCCUUCUACAAAAAUAUCUGUCAAUUGUGAUACUUCAAAUGACACACAAAUAAAUACUGUCUAUCUCGAGAUUGAAGAUGCUACAACUGGUCAAAUCAUUCCAUCAACAAUGCAUGGUGUUAUUUUUGAGACAAACAUUAAUAGAGGUGAUGAUGGUGGUUUAUAUGCUGAACUUAUCUAUAAUCGUGCUUUUCAAGAGAAAAGUCGAUCUCUUGAUGGUUGGUCAAUAUAUGGUGAAGGAUCGAUCAGUCUUUCGACUGAUCAGCCUGUGUCUAAAGCUUUACCGACUCAUGUAAAAUUUUUAUUCAACUCAAACUCAACCGUUCCUUCCGGCUUGAUAAAUGCUGGUUUUUAUGGAAUCAAGAUUCAAGUUCAAAUUUACAGUUCAAGUUUCUUCUACAAACCAUUAGUAGGAGCGUUUAUACCAAAUAAUAAAUUAAGCAUUGGUUUUAGAGAUUUGACUGGUCGUAUCACAUAUGGUAUGAGCAUUGUUGAUGUGUCUAGUGGUCUUGUGGAUAAUUGGACUAAAUUUUCAAGUUCGAUUAUUGUUCAUGAUGCUGCUCCUACAUCAAAUAAUAUCUUUUUUAUUGAAUUUCCUCAAGGAUCAUCUGGCGAGUUUGAAUUUAAUCUUAUUUCAUGUUUUCCUCCUACAUAUAAAAAUCGAAUGAAUGGUGCACGUAUCGAUAUUGCCAAUACUUUUGCAGAACUCAAACCUGGAUUUAUUCGAUUACCUGGAGGUAAUGAUCUUGAAGGUCAUUCUAUUUCUGAACGUUUCAUUUGGAAUAAAACUAUUGGUUCUCUCGAAUAUCGACCAGGUCGAAAAGGUACAUGGACAGGUUACAAUACACAAGGUUUUGGUCUUAUUGAAUUAUUAACAUUUGCUGAGGAUAUUGGUGCAAUACCUAUUCUAGCUGUUUAUGCUGGAUAUUCACUUGAUCAAAAAUCAGUACCGAAAGAUGAACUCCAACCUUAUAUUGAUGAAGUUAUUGAUGAAAUUGAAUUUUUAACUGCUCCUGCUCAUAAAAAUCGAAUGGGCGCACUUCGAGCUAGUCUUGGCCGUCAAGAACCAUUUAAUAUAAAAUAUGUCGAAAUUGGUAAUGAAGAUUGGCUUGGUCUUGGUUUAAUCACAUAUAGUUAUCGUUGGCCUGCUUACUAUAAUACAUUAUCUAAACGCUAUCCUAAUAUUACUUUUAUUGCCACAACAACUACAUAUAUUCGUUCUCCACCAGCUACAGAUGAUCAUCAUUAUCGAGGUCCACUAUAUUUCAUUGAGAAUUUUCGUCAUUAUGAAAAAUUGUCUCGAUUAGGUCCAAAAGUAUUGAUUGGUGAAUUUUCAGUAGAUAAUAAUGAUGAUCUAGAGAUUAAGAAUUCUUCUCAAUUUGGACGACUUCAAUAUCCUUCAAUAAAAUCAGCAGUUGCCGAAUCAGUCUAUCGUAUUGGUUUUGAACGAAAUUCUGAUAUUGUUAUUGGUGGUUGUUAUGCUCCAGUUCUUCAAAAUAUUAACAAUACACAAUGGACACCUAAUUUCAUUCUUUUCAAUGCGAGUUUGGUUGUUAAAUCAACAUCAUAUCUUGCUCAACAAAUGUUUGGACAACAUGUUGGUAAUAUUGUUCUGAAUUCUACAGCUUACAAAAAUAAUAAUAAAAAGAAACAACAAAAUGUUCACAAAGGUGAAGAAGGAGAUGGUAAACUUGAUAAACUCUAUUUUAUAGCUACUAAAGAUACUAAAAAUAAUACUUUCAUUAUUAAAUUUGCUAAUGUCGAUUCAAAAGAUAUUCUUGUCAAUACACAAAUUAAGAAAUCAUCGAUAUCUUCAGAUGGAAUUGUUUAUACUCUAUCAGCUGGUUCAGGUGUUGAUCCUUCAACAAUACAAAAUACUCUAUCAAAUCCAAAUGCUGCAUCUAUUAUUACUAGUUCUAUUUUCGUUAUAAAUGGAACAUGUUCAAUUACUGUUCCUUCAUGGAGUGUUGUUGUUGUAACAAUUCCAUUGUAA